AUUUUUCACUCUCUUGAUGCGAUUAUGCGAAGCUAUUCAAGCUAAUAUGGAGCUGACGGAUUUUCUCUGAUUGUUGUUCGCUUCUGGGUUUUGUCUUGAAUCCGCCAUGGAAGCUCCUUCGAUGCUUCUAUGCUCAAAUGUCAUUCCUCGGGGGUUAAUUGGAGAGAACCGGAAAUUUUCGUUCAGGCAUUUUGACAAACAGGUGAAGUGUUGUUCCUUUCGUGCUGAUUACAGGAGCUCUCGGUCGCUCCCUGGUCCUGAAUCGAUAAGAAUUUCACCGAGAAGGAGUUUUUCUCUAUUUUCAGCGAGAACAAGUUCAUGGGUUCCGCCCAAGUGCUCGAUAUCCGACGCGACAACUUCCGAUUCCGACAAUCCGUUGUUUAAGCCUUUCAAAACCCUGUCUUUCGAUUCAUUGGUGAAGAGAAUCUCUCAGUUGAAACCUAUUGAUGUCGUGAAAUUAUCUGCUGUUGUAUCGGUUUUGAUUGUAGCUGCGAGAAAGACUGUGAAUUUGGUCUUCGACCCAUUCUUCUGGAUGUAUUUCAGCUGGACGUGGUUGUUCUGGCCUUGGCUCGUGGCUGUUGCUCUUGCGGUUUAUGGGUUGUACUGUUUUCGCAAGCAUUGGCUCGGAGAAGCCAAUGGGUUUGAGCAGCUCGCCAUUGUAACUUCUGCUUUCACAUGGCUUACACUUGUACCACCCGCACAUUUCAAUGGCUAUCUUGAAGGUUGGCCCUUUGUGUUCUUCCUCGCUUACCAUUACUUCUUCUUCUACAACGUAAGCGUGAGAAAACGGUUAUAUGGUGAUUAUUUUGCCCGCUCUCACGAUCCCAAGUGGGACGUGAACACGUCCGUAUGGACUCGCCUUAUGUUCUGUGUCGGCGUUAUGAUUGGUCAUUGGUUAGCAGCCUUUGAAGGGCCCGAGCUUCACCGUUUACCAGGCGGUUGGACCAAUGUGGGUAUAUGGAUCUUGAUCGUGAUUACAAUGCUGACACAGUAUGAUUCUACACUAUAUCUUGCCAAUUACUCUGAGAAAGUUGUGGUUCCAACAGCUGUUGUGCAGUUUGGCCCUUAUAGAUGGGUUAGGCAUCCGAUAUAUGCAUCUACCAUACUUCUGUUUGCAACUUACUGCAUCGCUUUAAGGGCGCCUUUGAGUCUGUUGUUUAUUGCGGCGGUUUGUGUGGUUUAUUACGACAAGAAGGCAAAGUUGGAAGAGGCAUUGAUGGUGGAGACUUUCGGACAAAGCUAUUUGGAGUAUGCUAAUAAGGUUAGGUACAAGUUCAUCCCUUUUAUUUAUUAGUGCUGUCUCAGAGGAGGAAUCUUGUUAUCUGUUAUCUGGUAUGUUUCAAUCAAACAUGUAUGAUUCGAUUCGAUAUAUUAGCAUGUCCAUUUGAUGGGAAUGUUAGAGCUUUGAGAAAGAAUUUCUUUAUCCUAUAUAUGGGUUCCUUCUCUUCCAACUCAA